AUGUGAAAAAAUAUCUCAUUACCCUUUCCACCUAUCUCUCUCUCUCUCUCCUCUUUCUCUCUCUAUAACUGGCAUCGUCGUUUCUUCCCUUUCACUUUUUCUCACACGCAUCAAACCUAGCCAAUGGAAUCCGUUAUUUUUGCUGAAUUCCGAGUCGCUUUUCCACUUUCAGGAUCAAUCUCCACCGUCCAUGGCCACAGUUUAUCCUGUACCUUCGCGCACUGUAGCAGCACCUCUCGAUUCCCCAAACCCGCCGUUACCACCAGUUCCGCGUCUUCCGGCCGGCGGCGACGCCAAUUUUCUGAAUUCAGACGGCCGAGUGCUCUUCCCUUUGCCACUGCUAGCAUCGACACCCCCAAUUCAGUUCCCCCGCGAGAUGGAAUCUUCACAGUUGGUGAUUUUAUGACAAGAAGAGAGCAUUUGCAUGUUGUAAAACCGACAACCACUGUUGAUGAAGCUCUUGAUACUCUUGUUGAGAAAAGAAUUACUGGAUUUCCUGUGGUCAAUGAUGACUGGAAGUUGGUUGGUGUUGUCUCUGACUAUGAUUUGUUGGCACUUGACUCCAUCUCAGGUGGUAGUCAACAAGAUACAAAUAUGUUCCCGGUUGCCGACAGCACUUGGAAAACAUUCAAUGAAAUUCAGCGGUUACUCAGCAAAACCAAUGGGAAGGUUGUGGGUGACCUUAUGACUCCUGCUCCUCUCGUUGUGCGUGAAAGUACCAAUCUUGAGGAUGCCGUGAGGUUAUUGCUUAAAACAAAGUACCGUCGACUACCAGUUGUAGACGGUGAAGGAAAGCUGAUUGGUAUUAUUACAAGGGGCGAUGUCGUGAGAGGCGCUCUUCACAUAAAGAAAACCGCGGAAAACAUGUGAUUAAACUCUUGUUAUCAUCGAUUAAGAGGUAAUUAAGGUAUUGACUAUGCUCCGAAACUGAGAAUAAAAACAUCAUUCUUGUACGGCUUGUGCCUGUAAAUUUUGUAUUAAAUGUUUUUACUUGUAUGGCUGCUGUAGUUAGAAUCUAUUAUUCUAGUGAGAUUCGGAUUUCAAUAUGGUGUUCUUAUAGAGGUGAAAUACACUGUCGUUUUCUCUU